UUUUCUCUUUGUCAUCAAACAAAAAUUAUCUUUGGUUUGGCUCCUUCAUACAACAACUGCUAACUGCUUAUCUAUGCCACCACAAAAAUUUGAGGUUUUGAAACCCUUGAAAUUCAAAUAAAAUUUGAACAACAAACCAAAUUGAAUCAACCAAAACAUUCCUCUCAAUGUGAUGUGGGUACUUCACUCUCCCCAAAUUAUCCAACCACCAAUCUCUCCCUUACAAUUUAAUCACAGAACAGCUUCCAUCACUGCAAAACCACCCAGCACCACCUUCAUUUGCUGUUUCUCCACCACCUCCGCCGCCAAAUCCGCCGUUGAAACCACCAAUAAAAACUCCGUAAUCCAGUUAUUAUGCAAGAAAGGCAAUCUGAAACAAGCCCUUCAACUUCUUUCUCCGGAAUCGAACCUGACCCAACAAACUUACGAGCUCUUAAUCCUCUCUUGUUCCCUCCAUAAGUCUUUUCCCGACGCUUUUGCAGUUCAUCGUUACCUUAUUGCUAAUGGGUUUGAUGAAGAUCCCUUUUUAGCGACUAAAUUGAUUGAUAUGUACACGGAAUUGGAGUGUAUUGAGUAUGCACGCCAAGUGUUUGAUAAAAUUCCUAGGAGAACUAUUUAUACUUGGAAUGCUAUUUUGCGUGCUCUUACGUUGGCUGGAUAUGGGGUAGAGGCAUUGAGUAUUUAUAGGGAGAUGAAUAGGAUUGGGAUGCCUUGUGAUAGGUUUACUCAUACCUAUGCACUUAAGGCUUGUGUUGUGUCGGAAUCAAUGACUUCGUUGUUAAAGAAAGGAAAGGAGAUUCAUGGCCAGAUUUUGCGACAUGGGUAUGAAACACAUGUUCAUAUAAUGACAACUUUGCUAGAUGUGUAUGCUAAGUUUGGGAAUGUGGUGCACGCGAGCUAUGUUUUUUAUGCGAUGGCGGAUAAAAAUGUUGUUUCGUGGAGUGCUAUGAUUGCUUGUUAUGCUAAAAAUGAGAGGCCAUUGGAGGCAUUAAAUCUUUUUCAUGAGAUGGUAUACGAGAUUAGUGAGUUUGCACCCAAUUCAGUCACUAUGGUGAAUGUGGUUCAAGCUUGUGCUGCUCUUGGUGCUUUGGAACAAGGCAGGGUGAUACAUUGUUAUAUAUUGAGAAGAAAUCUGAAUUCCAUUCUGCCAGUUACUAGUGCCCUCAUGACUAUGUAUGCAAGAUGUGGGAAACUUGAGAUAGCACAGAAGAUUUUUGACCAGAUGGAUAACAGGGAUGUUGUUUCGUGGAAUACGUUGAUUUCUAGUUAUGGAAUUCAUGGUUUUGGCAUGAAGGCUGUUAGCAUAUUUAAGGAAAUGCUUAAUAGAGGAGUUAAACCCACCGCCAUCUCAUUUGUGAGUGUGUUAGGAGCUUGUAGCCAUGCAGGGCUUGCAGAUGUGGGGAAAAGGUUAUUUAAUUCAAUGGUUGAGCAACAUGGGAUUUCUCCCAGUGUAGAGCACUAUGCAUGCCUGGUGGAUAUAUUAGGGCGUGCCAAUCGAUUAAAAGAAGCAGCUAAAGUUAUACAAGACAUGAAGAUGAAGCCAGGACCGCAAGUUUGGGGUUCUCUCCUUGGUUCAUGUAAGAUUCAUUGUAAUGUGGAGUUUGCAGAGAGAGCAAGCGCUCAACUAUUUAAGCUUGAACCUACUAAUGCUGGAAAUUACGUACUGUUAGCUGAUAUUUAUGCAGAAGCCAGAAUGUGGGAUGAGGUAAAGAGAGUGAAGCAGCUUCUAGACACGCAGGGACUUGAGAAGGUUUCAGGCCGAAGUUGGAUUGAGGUGAGAAGGAAGAUAUACUCAUUCACGUCAGUUGAUGAGCUUAAUCCCCAAAUUGAGUUGAUUCGUGCUCUUUUGGCUGAGUUUUCUGGGGAGAUGAAGCAGCAAGGAUAUAUCCCACAGACUCAACUUGUUCUUUAUGACCUUGAAGAGAAGGAGAAGGAACGAAUUCUCUUGGGACACAGUGAAAAACUGGCUGUUGGUUUUGGACUUAUAAAUACUAGCAAGGGAGAAACCAUAAGAAUCACUAAGAACUUGAGGUUAUGUCAAGAUUGUCAUACUAUGACCAAGUUUAUCUCCAGAUUUACUGGUAGGGAGAUCAUGGUUAGGGAUAUUAAUCGCAUUCAUCAUUUUCAUGAUGGUGUUUGUUCCUGUGGCGAUUACCCCUAGUCUCAUGUAAAAUUAUACUUUAAACUUUAUUCAACAUAAACAAAUCUCAGUUGGAACAAGAGAAACUUUGUAUGUUGUACAGUAACCACAAGAAAAUUUAAUACUCUUCUUGUUCACAUGACAAUGUGCUA